AUAAAUUAUCUCAUCGUUAAGGUCAGACAAAGUUUUGUCCCUGCUUGCCUGGCUUUAUUGAAACUUUAAAUAUCCUAUCGUCCUAAUCGAAACUGUCAAAUUGACCCUGGCGCAGAAUAUGUCGAUGAAAGCAAUAAUUUCUACUUUUAUGACAUUCGAAAUAUCGGUCAAUCGUGCCAGUUUGGGCUUGAACCUUGUACAAUGUUUCCGCAAUAGAUUCCAGCCGUGUCUCGUUGGUUUAUGUAAGCCGAUAGUAGGAGAAGAGAGGCUUAUCAAUUGGCUCGGAGUGAAAUUGAUCGUACCGAGAGUAACCAAGUGUAGCGUGCACGGAUUUCUAACCUCAAACCGCGAGAUUUGUCAGUGUCCAUAGUCAUAAAUCCAUCGAGAGAAACGAAGAGAGAAAUUUAUACGAAAAAAUGAGCUUCCGUAAACCAAGAAGAGACUCGGAUGUGGUUCUAUCGAAUUCCAGUCACAAGGAACUCCUCUUCAAGUUCCUGAUAAUCGGCGACUACGGCGUCGGUAAAACGGCCAUCGUUCGCAGAUAUACAGAGGGGAAGUUCUCCUCGAAUUACAAGAUUACCAUAGGUGCAGAUUUUGCGAUAAAAACGCUCGAUUGGGAUCCCCACACUAAAAUAAACUUGCAAUUAUGGGACAUUGCGGGACACGAGAGAUUCGGUUACAUGACCAGGGUUUACUAUAAAUAUGCUGUCGGUGCUGCCCUGGUUUUUGAUAUAUCGCGAGUCGCCACCUUCCAGUCGGUAAAGAAAUGGCUGAGCGACCUCCGGGAGAAGGUCACGUUACCCGAUGGAUCCAGUAUACCCAUUGUUCUUCUGGCAAAUAAGGGCGACAUAUCACACGUGGCGAUACCGACCGAGCAAAUACUUAAAUUCUGCAAGGAAAACGAGAUCGGCGCCUGGUUCAUCACUUCGGCCAAGGAGAACGUCAAUAUCGAUGAAGCUAUGCGCUUCCUGGUUGACAGCGUCAUCAAGGCCAAAAUAGAGGACGAGAUACGCGACUCCAUUAAACUACGCGAUACUCCUCUUCAGCAGGAGAAACACGGCUGCUGUAAAUCCUGAUGGAAAUUACGAGCUGCUCCUUCGGGUGACACUAAAGCUGAUCAGUGGACACGGAUAUACAGAUUAUAUGUCGAAAGCUCAACGUAAACGUCACAUAUCAUCUAUACCAAUGCAUUCCUGAUUACUGGCCAAUGUAGCUACAGGUUGUUUCAUUCCUCUUCGCGCGCUAGUAUUUAUUAUUAUUAUCAUCACUGGCUACUCCGAGCCAUUAUGUCGUUACGAUAAAAACAUACAAAGCAGUCUUUUAAAAUGGCUCGGGGUAUCUUACUACUCGCAUAACAAUACACUUGGUGCCAUUGUCGAUGUCCGAGAUUAUAGUAAAAGUCGAUUCUUCUGGGAGGUGUAAGGGGGUGUGUUAGAAUAUCAGAGUUGUGUGCAAUUAUAUUAAUGGAAAUUGUAUAUUUUUAAUCUAAGUAUUAUUUCACGUCCUUAUACGGAUGUGUAUAUUAUAUAUUUCUGUAUAUGCCUUUUUUUGUCUAUUGUACAUAUACGUAAUACUUGUCACGA